AUGUCACUUCUUGUGGAACUAUCUUGUCCUGUUUACAUAGGGAAUGUGAGAGCAGGAAUUUUUGAUGUUCAGCAAGACAGAGACUACCCAUUAUUUGUUGCUUGGGUGUUAAUUUUUGUGUGCCAUUUAGGAGGGUCCAUCAGAACUCAAAAGGAGACAAAUGGGAACCAAGAUGGACCUCAGCUGAAUGCACAACUUGAAGGCUGGCUUUCUCAAGUACAGUCCACAAAAAGACCUGCUAGAGCCAUUAUUGCACCCCAUGCAGGAUAUACCUAUUGUGGAUCUUGUGCAGCCCAUGCUUAUAAACAAGUGGAUCCUAAUAUUACCCGAAAAAUUUUCAUUCUUGGGCCUUCCCAUCACGUGCCCCUUUCCCGAUGUGCACUUUCCAGUGUGGACAUUUAUAGAACACCUCUGUAUGAUCUUCGAAUUGACCAAAAGAUUUAUGGAGAAUUGUGGAAGACUGGAAUGUUUGAGCGUAUGUCCCUACAGACAGAUGAAGAUGAACACAGUAUUGAAAUGCAUUUGCCUUAUACUGCUAAAGCCAUGGAAAGCCAUAAGGAUGAGUUUACUAUUAUUCCUGUGUUGGUCGGAGCACUGAGUGAGUCAAAAGAGCAGGAAUUUGGAAAACUCUUCAGUAAAUACCUAGCUGACCCUAGUAACCUCUUUGUGGUUUCUUCUGACUUUUGCCAUUGGGGUCAGAGGUUCCGUUACAGUUACUAUGAUGAAUCCCAAGGAGAAAUUUAUAGAUCCAUUGAGCACCUAGAUAAAAUGGGUAUGAGCAUUAUAGAGCAGCUAGAUCCUGUAUCUUUUAGCAACUACUUGAAGAAAUACCACAAUACAAUAUGUGGAAGACACCCUAUUGGCGUAUUAUUAAACGCUAUCAGUGAGCUCCAGAAGAAUGGAAUGAAUAUGAGCUUUUCAUUUUUGAAUUAUGCUCAGUCAAGCCAGUGUCGAAACUGGCAAGACAGCUCAGUGAGUUAUGCAGCUGGAGCACUUAUGGUCCACUGAACUGCUGAAUGCUCAGGGAUGGCAUCUGCACACACUCUGUAUACGGGGUCCCAGCCUAGCCCUUACAAAGAUACAGUCCCUGGUCUUUGGGUAUACUGAAACCUCAAACUAAUAGAACUCUCUUCUUUUGUAGUAGGUGUAGUCCUUCCUUAGUUUCAACUCAUUUAAAAAUGCUUUCUUGUUUAGGACAACAGAAGGAAGGCUGGUAUCAAAACAUUUUGUGUUUGUUUUUUUUUUGUCUUCUUUUCUUUUUUUUUUU